AUGACUGAGUUUGACGAUUGCAGUCACGGCACAUCCAAUAUGUAUCUGCCAGGGUGCGCCUAUUACGUCUCACCCUCAGAUUUCUCGACGAAACCCUCUUUUUUGUCUCAAUCGUCGUCCUGUCAAAUGACUUUUCCUUAUUCUUCUAAUUUACCUCAUGUUCAACCUGUGCGUGAAGUGGCAUUCAGGGAAUACGGAUUAGAGCGCAGCAAAUGGCAGUAUAGGGGCAGUUAUGCUCCUUAUUACUCAGCUGAAGAGGUGAUGCACAGAGACUUUCUGCAGCCCGCGAACAGGAGGACGGAAAUGUUGUUCAAAACGGACCCUGUCUGCGGCCACCACGGACCGUCUCCCGCCGCCUCCAACUUCUACAGCUCGGUGGGGAGGAACGGCAUCCUGCCGCAAGGCUUCGACCAGUUUUACGAGACAGCCCCCGGACCCCCGUACCAGCAGCACUCCGAGAGCGAGGGGGACGCCGAGAAGGGCGACUUGAAAGCCCAGAACAGCACUUGCAGUAAAACACCUUCCAGCCAGGAGAAGAAAGUGACACCAGCAAACAGCGCCGAUUCCCCUUCUGGUGAGGCUGUUGCAGAGAAGAGCAACAGUUCAGCAAUUCCCCAGCGAUCGAGGAAAAAGAGGUGCCCCUAUACCAAAUAUCAGAUAAGAGAACUGGAACGGGAAUUUUUCUUCAACGUGUACAUAAACAAAGAGAAGAGACUGCAGCUGUCCAGAAUGCUCAACCUCACUGACCGGCAAGUUAAAAUCUGGUUCCAGAACCGAAGGAUGAAAGAAAAGAAACUGAACAGAGAUCGACUCCAGUAUUUCACAGGGAAUCCCUUGUUUUGA